AUGUCCUGCAGAGUUCACCUUCUGCAACAGCCUGCUGUAUCGCAAGCAGGUGCACACAGGCAAGAAGCCAUACAAUAUAACCCCUGUCCUGCAGAGUUUGUCAAGACCACAAACUUCAGGCAUCAGAAGCAGACACACACUGGGCCAAAACCGUACAAGUGUGAUCUGUGUCCAGCAGAGUUCACCCACGGCAACAACCUGCGGUAUCACAGGCAGGUGCACACCGGCAGGAAGCCGUACAAGUGCGACUUCUGUCCUGCAGAGUUUGUCAAGACCACAAACUUACACACACUGGGGCAAAAACCAUACAAGUGUGAUCUGUGUCCAGCAGAGUUCACCCACGGCAACAACCUGCGGUAUCACAGGCAGGUGCACACCGGCAGGAAGCCAUACAAGUGCGACUUCUGUCCUGCAGAGUUUGUCAAGACCACAAACUUACACACACUGGGGCAAAAACCAUACAAGUGUGAUCUGUGUCCAGCAGAGUUCACCCACGGCAACAACCUGCGGUAUCACAGGUGCGGUCACACAGGUGCGGUGCACACCGGCAGGAAGCCGUACAAGUGCGACUUCUGUCCUGCAGAGUUUGUCAAGACCACAAACAAGUGGCAUCACAGCAACAGCCUGCAGUACCAUAAGCAUGUAUACACAGGCAAGAAGCCAUACAAGUGUGACCUCUGUCCCGCAGGGUGCACACAGGCAAGAAGCCGUACCAGUGUGACCUCUGUCCUGCAUAGUUCAUCAAGACCACAAACUUGUGGCGUCACAAGCAGGCAGACACAGGGCAAAAACCUGUACAAGUGUGAUCUAUGUCAUGCAGACUUCACCUACAUUAACAGCCUGCGGUAUCACAAGCAGGUGCACACAGCAGAGUUCACCCACAGCAACAACCUGCGGUAUCACAAGCAGGUGCACACAGGCAAGAAGCCGUACCAGUGUGACUUCUAUCCUGCAGAGUUCGUCAAGGCCACAAACUUAGUUCACCCACAGCAACAACCUGCGGUAUCACAGGCAGGUGCACACCGGCAGGAGGCUGUACAAAGUUCACCCACGGCAACAACCUGCGGUAUCACAGGUGCGGUGCACACCGGCAGGAAGCCGUACAAGUGUGACUUCUGUCCUGCAGAGUUUGUCAAGACCACAAACAAGUGGCAUCACCGGCAGGCACACAUGGCGCAAAAAACAAGUGUGAUCUAUGUCCUGCAGAGUUCACCCACAGCAACAGCCUGCAAAUUCACCUUCAGCAACAGCCUGCUGUAUCGCACGCAGGUGCACACAGGCAAGAAGCCGUACCAGUACUUCACCUACAUUAACAGCCUGCGGUAUCACAAGCAGGUGCACACAGGCAAGAAGCCGUACCAGUGUGACUUCUGUCCUGCAGAGUUUGUCAAGGCCACAAACUUGUGGCGUCACAAGCUGACACACUGGGGCAAAAACCAUACAAAGUUCACCUACAGCAACAGCCUGCGGUAUCACAAGCAGGUGCAGGCAAGAAGCCGUACCAGUGUGACUUCUGUCCUGCAGAGUUCGUCAAGACCACAAACUUGUGACAUCACAAACAGACACACACUGGGGCAAAAACCAUACAAGUGUGAUCUGUGUCCUGCAGAGUUCACCCACAGCAACAGCCUGCAGUAUCACAGGCAGGUGCACACAGAGUUCACCUACAGCAACAGCCUGCAGUAUCACAAGCAGGUGCACAAAGGCAAAAAGCCGUACAAGUGUGAUCUGUCUCCUGCAGAGUUCAGAGGCAGAGCAUAA